AUGUCAGAAUACUCGAAGAUAUGCGGUGUUUGUGGCGAUAAAGCACUUGGUAGAAAUUUCUGCGCCCUUUCCUGUGAGUCAUGUAAAGCGUUCUUUAGGAGAAAUGCCAACAAUUUAAAUAAAUAUAAAUGUGUUUUUCAAAACAAUUGUGAAAUGAAUGUCGAGAUGAGGACUGAAGUGAUACUAAAUGAGUCGGAAAAGGAGGUUAGAAAACGUAAAAUACAAACUAAAAGGCAGAAAACAAUCGCCGAUACCAACGAUGUAAGCAAAUUAGAUGAUCAAAUGGAUGCGUUGGACAACUCUUCUCCCACUUCAACACUGAUUGUUAACGAUAGCGAAGAGACGUAUAAUAUAGAUAUUUUAGACAUUUUACAAAAUAAUAACAUAAGUAAAGAGACACUGGAUUUGCAAAUAAAUGAAAUCGAGAGCAUAUUAUCGGAUGAGAGCAACUCUUCAGCGGUAACUGCAUUGUCGACAUAUUGCGAGACAAUUCCCGCACAUAUUAUAUGCAAUACCCUUAAUGUGUCGGAAGGCAUGAAAUUCAAUGAACUAAUGGCCGCCACUUAUGACGAAAGACUGGUCACAAUUCCUCGCCCAACGGCCGAAGUGUCGGAUGUGUCGGAAGGCAUCCAAAUGUUAGCAAUUCAUUGCGAGAUUGGGGUCAGAGAGCAAACAAAGGGCUUCAAGAAGUUAAGGGCGUUUAACACUAUGUGUGAAAAUGACCAGUUGCUCCUGUUUAAGAGUGCGGCCAUUCAAAUGGCAUGCAUGCGAUCAAUUUAUUGUUAUCAUCAUGAUCGGAAACAAUGGACAUUUCCCCAGGAAGAGACCAAUACAUCAUCUCUAUUACAAUUACGAGUGUUCAAAAACAAGUUACCACAUAUAUACUCACAAAUCAAAAUGCUUUAUGAAACCGGGUGUGAUUUAUCUGAUGACAAGAAUAUUCUGCAUAUGUGUACGGCUAUUGUUUUCAUGCAUUUACUUCAGCGAUAUUUACUUAUGAAAUACCAAUCGGAAAGAGAUUUGCAGCGAAAAUGUAUGACAAAUAUACUCGACUCGUGUCCACCAAAUAUCAGUCCUCUUCUCAAUGAGAUUUACGACAGAGACUGUCCUCAACUCAUGGCUUCAUAA